UUGUUAUUUUCAUUGCAAAUAAAAAGAUAAAUUUAAUACGUACUGAGUCUAGAGUUUGUCAACUUCUUGCCGCUUAUAUUAUAUACAUUAGGAUGUCAUCAGCGUAAGAAGUUUCACUUAAAAUAUGCGUACAUAGUGAAGACAUGCUUUUUUUAAAUACUUACAUCAACUCCAUGAAGAAUGAAGGUCUUUUCUGCUUCAGAUAGCGGCAUAAUAUUAUAAACAAUUAAUAAAAUACACAAUAAUAAUAAUAUAUUGAUGAUACACUACACAAGCAACCAUAACCUCACAAAUUUCAAAGAUUGCCGAAGUAAAAUUCGUAUCGAUAUGCACCUUCAUCGUAUCGAUAAUCCUCACUUUCAGUCUUUAGAUGUCAAAAUCAGCUGUUGUAUUGUAAUAUAGGUGGGCGGGUUAUUUUUAUUUACUUAUUAAAAAUGCAAACAACUUAUUAAAACACCAACAUUAAUCAUGGACAAAUUAACGCUAAUAUCAGGAACUUUAUUCCUAACGGCAGACAUUUUCGCCAUAUUCAGUUUAGCCAGGCCUGAUUGGAUAGUAACAGAUGUCGGAGGUGAAACUCGUAUGGGGUUGAUGUGGACAUGUAUGACCCUCUACAAUCGUCCCCAAGUCUGCUUCACCCCCUCCUUACAACCGGAAUGGCUUUUGGCCCUAGUUUGCAUUUUUGUCGGAUGCAUUUGCAUUACUACAACCAUAAUUUUGCUUGUGUCUUCGCAUUGGGACCGAAACGUCGUCCCUUAUGCUAGAUGGGUCGGAUUUACUGCUAUGGUGCUGUUUUGCCUGGCCGCAGUCAUAUUUCCGAUGGGAUUUAAUGUGGACGGAAUAGGAGGGCAACCGUAUCAGUUGCCCAAUAGCCACCAAGUGGGGAUUUCUUAUAUUUUGUUUGUUGGGGCUUUGUGGAUUACUGUAAUCUCUGAAUUGUUUGCAGGGAAAGUUUGCUUGCCCCAUUUUUAAUUUAGGUGUAAUCUCUAAAAAGUAUUGUUGUUGUAUAUCUGUAAAAUAAAUAGAUUUUAGGACUGUCAUUACUAAAGUCUGGUUUAAAAAUCUUCAUAUAAACUGUCUACAAGAUAAAUUCAUCAAUCUACGGUCUAUUUUUUCCCAAGAUAGAUUUUGACAUUGAAAACUUUGUAACAUAAACAAUAACGCUUAGCCCUCAUUGGUCGCAAAAUUAGGUGUCCUUGUAGGUUGACAUCAGUUUUACAAUGCGGGUUGUGCAAAUGGCAUUUUGGGACCAAUAGGCGGCAUUAGCGGCAUUGUUUAUGUUUCAAAGUUCACAAUGUUAAAAUCUAUCUUGGGAAAAAAUAAACUGUAUAAUCCUAUUGGUAGACUGGUAGACAAAUAAUUGGCUGACCAAACCAAAGUUUGCAUUACCUGACAAUUUAGGAAGUUGAAUAAACCAAGCCUGAAUCUAAUGUAUAAUUUUUUAAAAAUAUGAUUUGCU